GGAAGCUUUCCGUGCAUCCACUCUAUUUUCGGAAUUAAAAUUAAAGUUGACUCAAUUAACGUGAUUGCCUAGAUUUAUUAUGUUGUUUGUUGGCCUGCGGACUUCCUGGACUUAAUAUUCUAUGGGAUUGUGUGUUCAGUGAUCCGAGAUUGAAAGCAAUCUUAUGUGCGUUGUUUGUCUGUCAUAUACUUAUGGCACGGAAUUCCUAAAUAGACUUCUAUGUCGGGGGAUAGAAUAAAAAUAACAUCGGUUUGCGUCGAAGGGUCAGUGAGCAACGGAGCCUGAUCAUGGCUACGUUCAUCACGAUGGCGGCUAAGAUAUGCUUUGCGACGUUGUUUAUUCUCGGUAUCCACUCAGCUCUGGGGCUACCACCACAGGAGGAGCACCUCCCGCCGCGCCCCAAAGACGGCGGCGUCGAGACUCGCUACUGUGCGUACUACAACGGCUCCCCACCAAUAUGCGACCCAAGCGAUCCCACCUGCGACCCUGUCCAGAAAGAGGACUGCCAACCUGUGGAGAAAGAUAAGAGCAACCACUGUGUCCAGCUCUGGCACUACAACACAACGACAAACACCUCAACACUGCAGUUCAAAGGCUGCUUCCUCGACACAGUCUCCUGCAGUGACAAACCCUCGCCAUGCCGGACACACAGCGCCAAACUCUUGCUACUACACUGCUGCUGCGAAGGGGACAUGUGCAACACCAAUGACACAUUCCCUGGUUUACCUCCUCCAGAUGCCACUGAUGCACCUGGAGAAGAAAUACCCAUGGAAAGGAUUCCCGAAACUGAUGAUGACACUAAAGCUAUAAUCGCAUAUACUUUAACACCACUGUUCAUACUUUUCAUUGCUCUUGUUGGCUGUUAUCUUCUGUAUAGACGGCGUAAAGGCAGUACCUUCGCUGAGCUUGCCAAUGGCGAAGGAUCACUAUCCAGGCCGCCAUCUAUGGGAGUGGGAAUGGACAAUGAGCCAGUGGACUUAGUUGGCCUAGUGACGUUGUGCGAAGUGAGGGCCAGAGGGCGCUUUGGGGCCGUGUGGCGCGCGCAGCUCGGGCAGAAGGACGUGGCCGUCAAAGUGUUUCCACUGCAGGACAAACAGUCCUGGCUGGCUGAGCAGGAGAUCUACAGGCUCCCGAGGAUGGAGCACCCGGAUAUCCUGCAUUAUAUUGGCGUGGAUAAGAAGGGAGAUAAUCUACAAGCCGAAUAUUGGCUUAUCACUGCAUAUCAUGAGAAGGGCUCCCUCUGCGACUACCUAAAAGCGCACACGCUGAGCUGGGCCGACGCGUGGCGCAUCGCCGCCUGCGUGGCGCGCGGCCUGGCGCACCUGCACGAGGAAGGCGGCGGCAAGCCCGCCGUCGCACACCGCGACUUCAAGUCCAAGAACGUCCUACUCAAAUCAGACUUGUCCGCUUGCAUUGCCGACUUUGGUCUAGCCUUAGUGUUUGUGGCUGGGCAUGGAUGUGGCGACGCGCAUGGACAAGUUGGAACGAGACGAUAUAUGGCUCCAGAAGUGUUGGACGGAGCAAUAAACUUUACGAAGGACGCGUUUUUGAGGAUAGAUAUGUACGCGUGCGCGCUUGUUCUGUGGGAGAUCGCUUCCAGAUGUGACGAAGGCGGCGUGGAACCCACAGCGCAGUACCGGCUGCCCCUAGAGGAAGAGGUCGGGCCCCACCCCGGCCUGGAAGAGAUGCAGGAGGCGGUCGUGCAGAGGAAGCUGCGGCCAGCUAUACCGCCGCGGUGGAGGGAACACCCUGGCCUAAACGUCCUUUGCGACACCAUGGAAGAGUGCUGGGACCACGACGCGGAGGCUCGCCUCUCCGCCUCCUGCGUCCUCGAGCGCGUCGGCGCGCAACGCCAGGCCGCGUCCGACACCCCCCUGCUCAUCCACGACCUCAACUGCUGACACACGCCGCUCAUACACUUCUAGGUUUGUGAGGACCUUGUGGUGAUAUAAGGCGCUCUUUCAUAGACAAUGAUAGUAAUGUUAUGUGAAGCAGACACGCCGCGUUCGACGCCCCUUUCUAAUCCAUGAUAUGGCAUGUUGAUACUUCUAGAACUAUUAGGAGUAUUAGGACCUUGUGGUGAUAUAAAGACAACAUUAUCAAGUGAGAGUGUAGAAAGCAGGAAGGUCGAUCAUGAGCAGUUCUGAAAAAGUUAGUAUAAAAAUUAAGGA